AUGGGCAAUAAACAAACCAUUUUCACUCCAGAGCAGCUGGAUGCAUAUCAGGACUGCACAUUCUUUACAAGGAAAGAAAUUCUGAGACUGUUUUACAGAUACCGAGACCUGGCCCCACAGCUGGUCCCACUUAGCUAUAUAGAUAAACCAGAUGUGAAGCUUCCCUAUGAACUCAUUGGCAGCAUGGCAGAGCUGAAGGACAAUCCAUUCCGUCAACGGAUAGCAGAAGUUUUCUCAGAGGAUGGAGAGGGCAACAUGACUUUAGAUGACUUUUUGGACAUGUUUUCAGUCCUGAGUGAAAUGGCUCCCAGAGACCUCAAAGCUUAUUAUGCCUUUAAAAUUUAUGAUUUUAACAAUGAUGAUUACAUAUGCAAAUCAGACUUGGAGAAAACUGUUAACAAACUGACCCGAAAUGAACUUACCCCAGAGGAGGUUUGUCUUGUGUGUGAUAAGGUGAUUGAUGAAGCUGAUCAAGACAAUGAUGGCAGACUCUCUGUGGAAGAUUUUCAGCACAUGAUAGUACGAGCUCCUGAUUUCCUCAGUACAUUUCACAUUCGAAUCUGAAUCUGGUGAAAGAGAGAGAGAGAGAUGAGAACUGCAUCUUGAGUCUGCAAUAUGUCAUUACCACCUGCUUUCAGAAUUAUUUUGCUUGGGGUUACUGUUCAUAUGAAAGAAAUAAAGAGGACCAAAUAAGGAUUUUCAGACUCUG